AUGUCCGGACAACGCGCACCUGUAACAGUACCUUGUAAAUACAAGACCGGAAAGGUUCUUGGAAAUGGUACCUAUGCAACCGUCAAAGAGGCUAUGCAUAUUGACACCAAUAAGUUUUAUGCUGUCAAAAUCAUCAACAAGAAGCUUAUGGAAGGACGUGAGCAUAUGAUACGUAAUGAAAUCAAUAUCUUGCGCAGAAUAUCCGAAAACCACAAUAACAUCCUCAGCUUGGUUGAUUAUUUCGAAACCCUCAACAACCUUUACAUAGUAACCGAUCUUGCAUCGGGUGGAGAACUAUUUGAUCGGAUCUGUCAAAAGGGUAGUUAUUUUGAAUGUGAUGCGGCAAACAUUGUCCAGACUGUGUGUGAUGCUGCUGCCUACCUUCACGACAAUGGAAUCGUUCACCGUGAUUUAAAGCCCGAGAACCUCUUGUUCAGAACCACCGAUGAAGACGCUGAUUUGCUCAUUGCUGAUUUUGGUCUUUCCCGAAUCAUGGACACCGAAAAAUUCCAUAUGCUGACCACAACUUGUGGAACACCCGGAUAUAUGGCAAGCACCCGAGAUCUUCAAAAAGACUGGUCACGGGAAACCAGUCAAAAAAAAGUAACUGACCGUGAUUUCUAUACCAGUGAUAUGUGGGCAAUUGGUGUGAUUACCUACUUUUUGCUCUGUGGAUGCACACCUUUCGAAAGAGACAACAACAUUGACGAGAUGAAUGCUAUCAUGCACGCAGACUACACAUUUGAUGAACAAUGGUGGUCAGGUAUCAGUGAAGAAGCAAAGGAUUUUAUUCGUCGAUGCCUUACCAUUGACCCUGCCAAGCGUAUGACUGCUCAUGAAGCCCUUCAGCACCCCUGGUUGGCUUCGACACAUAUCAGCAAAACCGAAAAGGUCGCACAGGAUCUUCUGCCCAGUGUCCGUGGCAACUUCAAUGCACGUCGCACAUUCAAAAAGGCCAUUGACAUCGUUCGUCUCUCUUACCACAUUGGCCACAAGCACUCUGCAUCGACUGGAAGCGCCAGUAAUUCGGAUGAUGAAGAAGGUAAUGGUGGUGUCGUAAAGCCUGUCAAUGAGAAUCCAAACCAAGUGUUGAAGCAAGAUUAA